CUUCGAGUGUGCGCCUUCCUGCUCUGAGACUCUGCACCUCCCUCCCGAGCUUGUCAGCCUGGGGCUUGGGAAAGGGGCUCCAGACCAGCAGCCCACCCCGGGGCACCCUCCCCCACCUGAAGGGCACAGGGUUUCGGGAGGUUUUCCAUCAUGAUUAUUGCCUUGCUGGGGUUUGCCAUUUUCUUGCUUCAUUGUACAACUUGUGAGAAACCCCUAGAAGGGAUCAUCUCAUCAGCCUGGCGUUUCACACACCCCCUUUAUAAUGUGACUAUCUAUGAAAACUCUGCUCCCAAGACCUACGUGGAAAGCUCUGAGAAAAUGGGCAUCUAUCUCACAGACCCCCAGUGGGCAGUGAGGUACCGGAUUAUCUCUGGAGAUGUGACCAACGUGUUUAAAACAGAGGAGUACAUGGUAGGCAACUUCUGCUUUCUGAGAAUAAGGACGAAGAGUAGCAACACAGCCCUUCUGAACAGGGAGGUGCGAGACAGCUACACCCUCAUCAUCCAAGCCACGGAGAAGACCUCGGAGUUAGAGGCUCUGACCCGCGUGGUGGUCCACAUCCUGGACCAGAAUGACCUGAAGCCCCUCUUCUCCCCGCCUUCAUAUCGAGUCACCAUCUCUGAGGACAUGCCCCUCAAGAGCCCCAUCUGCAAGGUGAGCGCCACGGAUGCCGACCUGGGCCGGAACGCCGAGUUCUACUACACCUUUAACACGAGGUCGGAGAUGUUUGCCAUCCAUCCCACCAGCGGGGUGGUCACCUUGGCCGGGAAGCUCAACGUCACCUGGCGAGGGAAGCAUGAGCUGCAGGUGCUGGCUGUGGACCGCAUGCGGAAGAUCUCAGAGGGCAACGGAUUUGGUAACUUGGCAGCACUGGUCAUCCACGUGGAGCCUGCCCUCAGGAAGCUCCCGGCCAUUGCCUCAGUGGUCUUGGCUACACCAGAGAGCAGUGACGACGCCACCUAUGCCACGGUGGUGGUGGAUGCAGAGAGCUCAGGUGGUGACGUGGACUCGCUGGAAAUUGUUGGUGGUGACCCUGAAAAGAACUUCAAAGCCAUCAAGUCUUACGCCCGGAGCAGUGAGUUCAGUUUGGUUUCCGUCAAAGACAUCAACUGGAUGGAACACCCUCAUGGAUUCAACCUCAGCCUGCAGGCCAGGGGUGGGAGCAGACCUUCUUCUUCUUCCCAGAUCAGGGGCUUUCACCUACCUCCUUCCAAACUGGCUUCCCUCAAAUUUGAGAAGGCUGUUUACAGAGUGCAGCUCAGUGAGUUUUCCCCUCCUGAUAGCCGUGUGGUGAUAGUGAAAGUAACCCACGCCUUCCCCAACCUGAAGUAUGUUCUAAAGCCAUCCUCAGAGAGUGCAGCGUUUAAACUGAAUGCUCACACGGGGCUGAUCACCACCACGAAGCUCAUGGACUUCCAUGACCGAGCUCAGUACCAGCUACACAUCAGAACCUCACUGGGCCUGGCCUCCACCACUGUGGUCAUUGACAUAAUGGACUGUAACAAUCAUGCCCCCGUGUUCAACAAGUCCUCCUACUAUGGCACCUUCGAUGAGAACAUCCCUCCAGGCACCAGCGUUUUGACGGUUACGGCCACAGACCAGGAUCAUGGAGACAAUGGAUACGUCACCUACUCCAUCGCUCGCCCAAACUCUGUGCCCUUUUCUAUCGACCCUUACCUGGGGAUCAUCUCCACCUCCAAACCCAUGGACUAUGAGCUCAUGAACAGAAUUUACACCUUCCAGGUAUGGGCGUCAGAUUGGGGAUCCCCAUUUCGCCAGGAAAAAGAAGUGUCUGUUUCCCUUAGGCUCAAGAACUUGAAUGACAACAAGCCUAUGUUUGAGGAAGUCAAUUGCACUGGGUCUAUCCAUGAAGACUGGCCAGUAGGAAAAUCAGUAAUGACCGUGUCAGCUAUAGAUGUGGAUGAGCUUCAGAACCUAAAAUAUGAGAUUGUGUCAGGCAACGAACUAGAGUAUUUUCAUCUAAAUCAUUUCUCUGGAGUGAUAUCCCUCAAACGCCCUUUUAGGAACCAUACUACUAGUCAACCCAUCAACUAUUCCCUGAAAAUUACAGCCUCAGAUGGGAAAAACUAUGCCUCGCCCAUGACUUUGAAUGUUACUGUAGUGAAGGAUCCUCAUUUGGAGGUCCCUGUAAAGUGUGAUAAAACGGGGGUGUUGACACAUUUCACAAAGACCAUCCUGCACUCUGUUGAGCUUCAGAAUCAGCAGUCCAGUGAUGAGGAUUUCACUUCCUUAAGUGCAUAUCAGAUCAAUCAUCAUACCCCUCAGUUUGAGGACCACUUCCCACAGUCCAUUGACAUCCUCGAGCGUGCUCCUCUCAACACCCCCCUGGCCCACCUGGCAGCCACCGACCCUGAUACUGGCUUUAACGGCAAACUGGUCUAUGUGAUUGCAGAUGGCAAUGAAGACGGCUGCUUUGACAUUGAGCUGGAAACAGGGCUGCUCGCUGUAGCUGCCCCCUUGGACUAUGAAGCCACCAGUUUCUACAUCCUCAAUGUAACGGUGUAUGACCUGGGCACUCCCCAGAAGUCCUCCUGGAAGCUGCUGACAGUGAAUGUGGAAGACUGGAAUGAUAAUGCGCCCAGAUUUCCUCCUGGUGGGUACCAGGUAACCAUCUCAGAGGACGCAGAAGUUGGAACCACAGUUGCGGAGCUGAAAGCAAAAGAUGCUGACUCGGAGGACAAUGGGAGGGUUCGCUACACCCUGCUAAGCCCCACAGAGAAGUUCUCCCUCCAUCCCCUCACUGGGGAACUGGUUGUCACAGGACCCCUGGACCGGGAAUCAGAACCUCAAUAUAUACUCAAGGUGGAGGCCAGGGACCAGCCCAGGAAGGGUCACCAGCUCUUCUCUGUCACCGACCUGAUAGUCACAUUGGAAGAUGCCAAUGACAACUCUCCCCAGUGCAUUACAGAACUUCGCAGGCUUAAGGUCCCAGAGGAUCUGCCGCCAGGGACCAUUCUAACAUUUCUAGAUGCCUCUGAUCCUGACCUGGGCCCUGCGGGAGAAGUACGAUAUGUCCUAUUGGAUGAUGCCCAUGGGACCUUCCACGUGAAUCUCAUGACGGGGGCACUCAGUCUGGAGAAAGAGCUGGACUUUGAGAGGAGGGCUGGGUAUAACCUGAGCCUGUGGGCCAGUGACAGCGGGAGGCCCCUGGCCCGAAGGACCCUCUGCCGCGUGGAGGUGAUUGUCCUGGAUGUGAACGAGAACCUCCACCCUCCCCGCUUUGCCUCCUUUGUGUACCAGGGCCAGGUGCGGGAGAACAGCCCCUCGGGAACCUCAGUGAUGGCAGUGGCUGCCCAUGAUGAGGACAGUGGCUUGGACGGGGAGCUCCAGUACUUCCUGCGGGCUGGCACCGACCUUGCAGCCUUCAGCAUCAACCAAGACACAGGAAUGAUUCAGACUUCCGCGCCCCUGGACCGAGAAUUCAUGUCCUGCUACUGGCUGACGGUACUGGCAGUGGAUAGGGGUUCCACCCCCCUCUCUUCUGUAACCGAAGUCUACAUUGAGGUUUUGGAUGUCAAUGACAACCCACCCCAGAUGUCCAGCCCCGUGUUCUACCCCUCCGUCCGGGAGGAUGCACCCCUGCACACCUCCGUGCUUCAGCUGGACGCCUGGGACCCGGACUCCAGCUCCAAGGGGAAGCUGACCUUCAAUAUCACCAGCGGCAACCAAAUGGGAUUCUUUGUUAUUCAUCCUCUCACAGGUCUCCUAUCCACUGCCCAGCUGCUGGACCGAGAGAACAAGGAGGAACACAUCCUGGAGGUGACUGUGCUGGACAACGGGGAGCCCUCCCUAAGGUCCACCUCUAGGGUGGUGGUACGCAUCUUGGACGUCAAUGACAACGCCCCCGUCUUCUCCCACAAGCUCUUCAAUGUCCGCCUUCCAGAGAGGCUCAGCCCACUGACCCCUGGGGCUGUGUACAGGCUGGUGGCUUCAGACCCGGAUGUGGGUCUCAAUGGCAGGGUCACCUACAGUAUCGAGGAGAGUGACGAGAGGGGCUUCAGCAUCGACCCGGUCACAGGCGUGGUGUCGUCCAGCAGCAUCUUCCCAGCUGGAGAGUACAACAUCCUAACGGUCAAGGCAACAGACAGUGGGCAGCCACCGCUCUCGGCCAGUGUCCGGCUACACAUUGAGUGGAUCCCCCAGCCCCGGCCCUCCUCCAUCCCAUUGGCCUUUGAUGAAUCCCACUACAGCUUUACAGUCAUGGAGACAGACCCCGUGAACCACAUGGUGGGAGUCAUCAGUGUCGAGGGCCGACCUGGUCUCUUCUGGUUCAGCAUCUCAGGUGGGGACAAGGACAUGGACUUUGACAUUGAGAAGACCACAGGCAGCAUUGUCAUCGCCAAGCCUCUCGACACAAGGAGGAGGUCAAGCUACAACUUGACCGUGGAGGUGACCGAUGGGUCCCACACCAUUGACACCCAGGUCUACAUCUUCAUGAUUGCCAAUGUUAACCACCAUCGGCCCCAGUUUUUGAAGCCUCAUUAUGAGGUCAGAGUUCCCCAGGACACACUGCCUGGGGUUGAGCUCCUCCGAGUCCAGGCUACUGAUCAAGACAAGGGCAAGGGCCUCAUCUACACCAUACACGGCAGCCAAGACCCGGGAAGUGCCAGCCUCUUCCAGCUGGAUCCAAGUAGUGGUGUCCUGGUAACUGUGGGGAAACUGGACCUGGGCUCGGGGCCUUCCCAGCACACACUGACAGUUAUGGUUCGCGACCAGGAGAUGCCCAUCAAGAGGAACUUUGUGUGGGUGUCCAUUCACGUGGAGGAUGGAAACCUCUACCCUCCUCGCUUCACCCAGCUCCACUAUGAGAUGAGUGUUUCUGACACCACAGCCCCCGGAACAGAGCUGCUCCAGAUCCGAGCCAUGGAUGGUGACCGGGGAGCCAAUGCUGAGGUCCACUACUCCCUCCUCAAAGGGAACAGCGAAGGUUUCUUCAACAUCAAUGCCCUACUAGGCAUCAUAACCCUGGCACAGACACUUGAUCAGGCAAAUCAUGCCCAGUAUACUCUGACAGUGAAGGCAGAAGAUCAAGGCUCCCCACAAUGGCAUGACCUGGCUACAGUGAUCAUUCAUGUCUACCCCUCAGAGAGCAGUGCCCCCAUCUUUUCAAACUCCGAGUACUUUGUAGAGAUCCCUGAAUCAAUCCCUGUUGGUUCCCCAAUCCUCCUUAUCUCAGCUACAAGCUCCUCAGAAGUUACCUAUGAGUUAAGAGAGGGAAACAAGAAUGGUGUAUUUUCCAUGAACUCAUAUUCUGGACUCAUUUCUACCCAGAAGAACUUGGACCAUGAGAAAAUUUCAUCUUACCGGCUGAAAAUCCGAGGCAGCAAUAUGGCGGGUGCAUUUACUGAUGUCAUGGUUCUUGUUUAUAUCAUUGACGAAAAUGACAAUGCUCCCAUGUUCUCAAAGUUGACUUUUGUGGGCCAAAUUAGUGAAGCAGCUGCACUGAACAGCAUGAUAGUGGAUGAAAACAACAACCCCCUUGUGAUCCGUGCCUCUGACAGUGACGAAGAAGCUAAUUCCUUGUUGGUCUAUAAAAUUUUGGAGCCAGAAGCUCUGAAGUUUUUAAAAAUCGAUCCCAGCAUGGGAACCCUAACCACUGUAUCAGAGAUGGAUUACGAGAGCAUGCCCUCUUUCCAAUUCAACAUCUACGUCCAUGACCAAGGAAGCCCUGUCUUAUUUGCACCCACGGCUGCCCAGGUCACAAUCAAUGUCAGAAAUAUAAAUGACUGUCCCCCCAGGUUCUCAGACCAGAUAUAUGAAGUAGAAGUACUGAAGCCCAUCCACCGGGGUAUGGAGCUCCUCAUGGUGCAGGCCAGUGACGAUGACUCCGAAGUCAAUUAUAGCAUCAAAACUGGCAAUGCUGAUGAAGCUGUUGCCAUCCAUCCCAUUACUGGUUGCAUAUCUGUGUUGAAUCCUGCUUUGCUGGGACUCUCUCGGGAGCUCAUCAUCAAGGCUUCUGAUGGCUUGUAUCAAGAUACUGCACUAGUAAAAAUUUCUUUGACACAAGCCCUUAACACAAGCUUACAGUUUGACCAGGAUGUCUACAGGGCAACAGUGAAGGAGAAUUUGCUGGACAGAAAGGCACUGGUGAUUCUUGGUGCCCAGGGCAAUUGUUUGAAUGACACCCUAUCUUACUUUCUCUUGAACGGCACAGAUAUGUUUCAUAUGGUCAAAUCAGUAGGCGUGUUGCAGACAAGAGGUGUGGCAUUUGACAGAGAACAGCAGGACACUCAUGAAGUGGCGGUGGAAUUGAGGGACAGUCGGACACCUCAGCGGGUGGCUCAGGCUCUGGUCCAAGUCUCUGUUGAGGAUGUCAAUGACAAUAGCCCUGAAUUUAAACAUCUGCCCUACCACACAAUCAUCCAAGAUGGCACAGAGCCAGGGGACGUCCUCUUUCAGGUAUCUGCCACUGACCAGGACUUGGGGGUGAAUGGCGCUGUCACAUAUGCAUUUGCAGAAGAUUACAGAUAUUUUCGAAUCGACCCCUAUCUUGGGGACAUAUCAUUAAAGAAACCCUUUGAUUAUCAAGCUCUAAAUAAGUAUCACCUCAAAGUCAUUGCUCGAGAUGGAGGAACCCCAUCCCUCCAGACUGAGGAAGAGGUACUUGUCAUUGUGAGAAAUAAAUCCAACCCACUGUUUCAGAGUCCUUACUACAAAGUCAGAGUGCCUGAAAAUAUCACACUCUACACCCCAAUUCUCCACACCCAGGCCCGGAGUCCAGAGGGACUCCGGCUCAUCUACAACAUUGUGGAGGAAGAGCCCUUGAUGCUGUUCACCACUGACUUUAAGACUGGUGUCCUAACAGUGACAGGCCCUUUGGACUAUGAGUCUAAGACCAAACAUGUGUUCACAGUCAGAGCCACAGACACAGCUCUGGGGUCAUUUUCUGAAGCCACGGUAGAAGUCCUGGUGGAGGACGUCAAUGAUAAUCCUCCCACUUUCUCUCAAUUGGUCUACACCACUUCAAUCUCAGAAGGUUUGCCUGCUCAGACUCCUGUGAUCCAACUGUUGGCUUCUGACCAGGAUUCAGGGCAGAACUGUGAUGUGUCUUACCAGAUUGUAGAGGAUGGCUCGGAUGUUUCCAAAUUCUUCCAGAUCAAUGGGAGCACGGGGGAGAUGUCCACAGUUCAAGAGCUGGAUUAUGAAGCCCAACAACACUUUAAUGUGAAGGUCAGGGCCAUGGAUAGAGGAGACCCCCCACUAACUGGAGAAACCCUUGUGGUUGUCAAUGUGUCUGACAUCAAUGACAACCCCCCAGAGUUCAGGCAACCUCAGUAUGAAGCCAAUGUCAGUGAGCUAGCAACCUGUGGACACCUGGUUCUCAAAGUCCAAGCUCUUGACCCCGACAGCAGGGAUGCCUCCCGCCUGGAGUACCUGAUUCUUUCUGGCAACCAGGACAGGCACUUCUCCAUUAACAGUUCAUCGGGCAUAAUUUCUAUGUUCAACCUUUGCAAAAAGCACUUGUAUUCUUCUUACAAUCUGCGGGUAGGUGCUUCUGAUGGGGUCUUCCGAGCAACUGUGCCUGUGUAUAUCAAUACUACAAAUGCCAACAAGUACAGCCCAGAGUUCCAGCAGCAUGUUUAUGAGGCAGAAUUAGCUGAGAAUGCAAAGGUGGGAACCAAGGUGAUUGAGUUGUUAGCCAUAGACAAAGAUAGUGGUCCCUAUGGCACUGUAGAUUACACCAUCAUCAAUAAACUAGCAGGUGAGAAGUUCUCCAUAAACCCCAGUGGCCAGAUCACCACUCUGCAGAAAUUGGAUCGGGAAAAUUCCACAGAAAGAGUCAUUGCUAUUAAGGUCAUGGCUCAGGAUGGAGGAGGACGAGUGGCCUUCUGCACUGUGAAGAUCAUUCUCACGGAUGAAAAUGACAACCCCCCACGGUUCAAAGCAUCUGAGUACACUGUAUCCAUUCAAUCCAACAUCAGUAGAGACUCCCCAGUCAUCCAGGUCCUGGCCUAUGAUGCAGACGAAGGUCAGAAUGCAGAUGUCACCUACUCAGUGGACUCAGUGGAGGACUUGGAAGAAGAGGUCAUUGAAGUCAACCCAACCACUGGUGUUGUCAAGGUGAAAGAGAGCCUGGUGGGAUUGGAAAAUCGGGCCUUUGACUUAAAAAUCAAAGCCCAAGAUGGGGGCCCUCCUCACUGGAACUCUCUCAUGCUGUUACGACUUCAGGUGGUUCCUAAUGAAGUAUCCUUGCCCAAAUUUUCUGAACCUCUAUAUACUUUUUCUGCAUCGGAGGACCUUCCAGAAGGGUCUGAAAUUGGUUCUGUUAAAGCAGUGGCAGCCCAAGAUCCCAUCAUCUAUAGUCUAGUGCAGGGCACCACACCAGAGAGCAACAAGGAUGGCAUCUUUUCCUUGGACCAAGACACAGGGGUUCUAAAGGUGAGGAAGGCCAUGGAUUAUGAGUCCACCAAAUGGUACCAGAUUGAUUUGAUGGCACAUUGCCCCCAUAAUGACACUUACUUGGGUUCCUUGGUCUCUGUCAACAUCCAAGUGAAGGAUGUCAAUGACAACAGGCCUGUAUUUGAGGCUGAUCCAUAUAAGGCUGUUCUCACUGAGAAUAUGCCAGUGGGGACCUCAGUCAUUCAAGUGACUGCCAAUGAUCAGGACACUGGGAAUGAUGGCCAGGUGAGCUAUAGGCUGCCAGUGGACCCUGGCAGCAAUAUCCAUGAGCUCUUCGCCAUUGACAGUGAAACUGGCUGGAUCACCACACUCCAGGAACUUGACUGUGAGACCAGCCAGAUCUACCACUUUUAUGUGGUGGCCUAUGACCAUGGCCGGACCAUCCAGCUAUCUUCUCAGGUCCUGGUCGAAGUCUCCAUUACAGAUGAGAAUGACAAUGCCCCCCGAUUUGCUUCUGAAGAAUACAGAGGAUCUGUGGUUGAGAACAGUGAACCUGGUGAACCUGUGGCCACUCUUAAAACUUUGGAUGCUGAUAUCUCUGAGCAGAACAGACAGGUCACCUGCUAUAUCACAGAGGGAGACCCCCUGGGCCAGUUUGGCAUCAGCCAAGUUGGGGAUGAGUGGAGGAUUUUCUCGAGGAAGACCCUGGACCGUGAGCACAUGGCCAAGUACUUGCUCCGAAUCACCGCUUCCGAUGGCAAGUUCCAGGCUUCAGUCCCCGUGGAGAUCUUUGUCCUGGACAUCAAUGAUAACAGCCCGCAGUGCUCAGAGCUUCUCUACACUGGCAAAGUCAGUGAAGAUGUACCUCUAGGACACUUCAUUUUGAAAGUUUCUGCAACAGACUUGGACUCCGAUACCAAUGCUCAGAUCACAUAUUCACUGCAUGGUCCUGGGGCAGAUGAAUUUAAGCUGGAUCCUCAUACAGGGGAGCUGACCACACUCACAGCCUUAGACCGAGAGAAGAAGGAUGCGUACAGCCUUGUUGCCAAGGCGACGGAUGGAGGCGGCCAAUCGUGCCAGGCAGAUGUGACCCUUCACGUGGAGGAUGUGAAUGACAACGCCCCCCGGUUCUUCCCCAGCCACUGUGCUGUGGCAGUCUUCGACAACACCACAGUGAAGACCCCUGUCGCGGUGGUAUUGGCCCGAGACCCAGACCAAGGCACCAAUGCCCAGGUGGUUUACUCUCUCACGGACUCUGCCGAAGGCCGCUUUUCCAUCGAGGCCACCACAGGCGUGAUCCGCCUGGAGAAGCCACUGCGGGUCAGGCCACAGGCAGCACUGGAGCUCACCGUCCGUGCCUCUGACCUGGGCACCCCAAUACCGCUGUCCACGCUGGGCACCGUCACCAUCUCCGUGGUGGGCCUGGAUGACUACCUGCCCAUGUUCCUGAACACCGAGCACAGCGUGCAGGUGCCCGAGGACGCCCAGCGUGGCACGGAGGUUCUGCGGCUGGCCACCCUCACUCGCCUGGGCGCCGAGAAGACCAGCUACCGCGUGGUCAGUGGGAACGAGCAGGGACGGUUCCGCCUGGAUGCCCAUACAGGAUUUUCUUUACAGCUGGUCGAUGGAGUGCUCCAGCUGGAAUACCAUUGCCCAGGUGGCUUCUACAGAAAUCUUUCUUCCCAGUCUCGUGUGAAUGACCAAGAGUGGCACUCUGUUCUGGUGGAGGAGACAGAUACUUCCGUUCACCUGUCGGUUGACAGUGCAGCCAACGCCUCCCUUGCGCUCCCAGAGAACUGCUGGAGUCUGAGGCCUGAAAGGGACCUCUUUCUGGGUGGCCUCGUCCUCUUGCAUUCUUUCCCAAAUGUCUCCCAGGGCUUCGAAGGCUGCCUGGAUGCUGUCAUGAUCAACGGAGAGGCGCUGGAGCUGCUGGCCCAUGGCAAGAAGGUGGCGGGCAUGCUGGAGAGGCGGGCCCUCACCCAGUGUUGCCUCCACAGUGACCAGUGCAGCCAGAACCCGUGUCUCAACGGUGGAAAGUGCUCACAGACCCGCGGGGCAGGCUAUGUCUGCACGUGCCCCUCACAGUUCUCCGGGAGGCACUGUGAACAAAAGAAGGAGAACUGCACUUCGAUGCCCUGCCUGGAAGGUGGAACUUGCACCUCUUCCCCCGAAGGAGCCCCCUGUAUCUGCCCUCACCCCUACAUGGGAGACAGGUGUGAAAUGGAAUCAAGGGGCUGCUCAGAAGGACACUGUCUUGUCACCCCUGAGAUCAAAAGGGGGGACUGGGGACAGCAGGAGAUUCUGAUCAUCAUAGUGGUCCUACUGGUCAUUGUCAUAAUCUCUACUGGGCUUCUCUUCUACUGCCGCCGUUGCAAGUCCCACAAGCCCGUGGCCAUGGAGGACCCAGACCUCCUGGCCAGGAGUGUUGGUGUUGACACCCAAGCCACACCUGCCAUUGAGCUCAACCCCCUGAGCACAAGCGCCUGCAACAACCUGAACCAAGUGGAGCCCAGCAAGACCUCAGGUCCAAAUGAACUCGUCACUUUUGGACCCAGCUCUAAGCAACGGCCAGUGGUCUGCAGCGUGCCUCCCAGACUCCCGCCGGUGGUGGUCUCUUCCCACUCUGACAAUGAGGCCAUCAUUAAGAGGACCUGGUCAGGCGAGGAGAUGGUGUACCCAGGUGGAGCCACAGUCUGGCCCCCAACUUACUCCAGGAAGGAACGCUGGGAAUACCCCUGCUCCGAAGGGACCCCCGGCCCUCUGCUGCCAUCGCCUCGCUGCCACCGGAACCCAGCUGUGAUGCCGGACCCCACUGGCCUCUACGGGGGCUUCCCCUUCCCACUGGAGAUGGAAAACAAGCGAGCACCCCUUCCACCCCGUUACAGCAACCAGAACCUGGAAGAUCUGAUCCCCCGACGGCCCCCCAGUCCCCGGGAGCACCUGCUGGCCCCCUGUCUCAACGAGUACACAGCUAUCAGCUACUACCACUCGCAGUUCCAGCAGGGAGGGGGAGGGCCAGGGCCCUGCCUGGCAGAGGGGGGCUACAAGGGGGUGAGCAUGCGCCUCAGCCGGGCCGGGCCCUCUUACGCCGACUGCGAGGUAGGGGGCGGGCGUCCCACGGGCCGGGGCCAGCCCCAGGCUCCCCCCAACUAUGAGGGCUCUGACAUGGUGGAGAGUGAUUAUGGGAGCUGUGAGGAGGUCAUGUUCUAGCUGCCCUCAGACGGAGGCAAGGGGGAGGCCGAGGACUUGGCGCCCUCCCCUGUCUGGCGGGGAGCGAGUUGAGCGUGGCUGGGAAAGUGGGAGGGAAGCCCCCAUACCCAGUCCGGGUUGCCACAUCUUGAAAUGUGCUCUUCCAGACCCCCAGCGAGUCCCUGAGGAUGGAGGGAAGCUGAGGGUAGAGCUCCAGAAACAGCACUAGGGCCCCCAGCAGAAAGGGUGUGCACAGAGCCGUUACCCUGGAAACCCAGGAAAAACUGACUCCUGGGAUGGGUAAAAGGCAGUGUGCGUCUCCCUGACAAUUCCUAGGGAGUCAGGGCCUGAACGGGCCUGUCGGGCACAUUCUUAGACCUGCCCGUUGCUGCACACUCUGCAGGCCGAGGUGGGAUCAUGCCUCACAGGCAAGCACCACAGCUGCUGAGAGACAAGGUCCAAGGUCACCGGCCCUGCAGGGCAACAGGGUGUCCUCCCAGGGGCUGAGAGGUGAGCAGCAGGGGAGCAGCUACCACAUGUCACUUGUACGCCCUGCCUGCCUCGCUGCAGAGUCUGCUCCAUGUCAGGCACCGAGCUAGGCAUCAGGCAUAAGACAGUGAACUAUGGCAACAAGGGUUCCCAAGGAGCAUCACUUGGCCUCAGUCUCCUGGAGGUCCCACUCCUCUAAUCUAAUUCCAAGCACCUUGAGCCUCCUCUUUAAGUCUGACUUAAAGCCUGACUUUCUACUAGCCAGGGCCUGCCAGGAUCUGUGCAGCCCCUGAACCGUCUUUGUUAAAGAAUUCAGACCUCAUGGAACUCUGGGUUCGUCAGCCCAAGUUUCGCAAGCACUUUGGGCCAAAGGCAAGAAGGACAUCAUUCUUCAUUUUUAAAAAAAUUCUUAGGCACUUUUCAACCUUGCUGUCUGGAUGAGUUGCCCCAAAGGGAUUUUUCUUCCAUAGACACAAGGAAGUCGGAACUCCUAUGCAGGGAAGGGUGGAAGCAGGGAGCCGGACAUCAGGAGUAUCCUUUCCUGCCCCUCUGUUUCAGAGGCCUGCCAAUCCAAGUGUUACCUGCAGCGACUCAACCCUAUGCAUGGAGGGUCAUUGUGGGCAUGUGUCUGCACAUGUGGGUGCUCAUGUACAGUACGUGUGUACACAUGUGCAGAACAUAUGUAGCCCGGAGUGGUAGGGACCAGAGACUUCUGGUGGCCCUGCCACUCCCUCACCUGCCAACCCCUGUCUCCGGUCCACUGCCUUUUCAUGUGUCUUGCUUCUGGAGACAAAAGUCUAAAGGAAGAGCAAUAGCCACUCUUACCCAUAGGGCUGCUGCCUCCAGCACGAGGGAGCUGUGUGGGUGACAGGGUGUUUGUGUGCAUGGUUCAUGGCUGUGCGGGCGACUGUGAGCGUGAGUGACGGGAUGCCUGGUUUUACCGGUCAUUUGUGGUUGUUGUUUUUUUUUUAACAAUAAAAUAUCUUUUUUACUGUUA